AUGUCAGAAUCACCCAACGCUCGAGCGAGUUCAGCCCCGGACCUCUCCGAUCUUUCAAUGGACGACACAGCCGAAGAGUUCAGGAUGAAUGUCAAUCGGCGCACUCGCAAGCGUGGACAUAACGAUGAGUUCACACAUGCAUUUGAAGAUUUCACCAAAAAAAUUAUGACGACACUAAAUGAAUGGAAAAUGGAUUUCGGGCAAGAUAUUUCACAAAUAAAUAAUACGUUAAAAAACCUUAGUGAAAGUACACAGGAAAUGAAAGCAGAAGUUACCAGUAUCAGAAACGAAUUUUCGGAAUUGAAGAAGACUGUUCGCAGGUUGGAAAGCAGACAAACUGAGGUGGAGGGGGAUAUCACGUCACUUAAAAAGUCAAUGCAACAUCACAGUGACGAACAUGACGAUGUAGCAAAGAAACUUGAAAUUCAAAAUAAAGAAAUUAAAGUUCUAUAUCAACUGAAAAAAGAGCUGGAAGAAGUUAAGGUGCAGAACAGAAAAAUACGAACUGAUAUCAAUGCAAGUCAACAAAGGGAUAGGCUACUCAAUAUAGAAAUCGUUGGUAUUCCUGAACGGGACAAUGAAAACUUAAAUGAAAUUAUACUAAAGAUUGGUAAAAGCACUGAAAUUGACAUAAGAAAUGAUGAUGUCCUUCAAGUAAACAGAGUGACAGCAAAGCUUAAGGUUCAGGGUAGGCCAAGAAAUAUCGUAGCAAAACUGCGAACGCGCCAGCUUAAGGACAACGUUAUUUCUCAAGCUCGUAAGCGCCGUUUGUCAACAAAAGAUCUGGAUAUUCAAGGCAGCAUAAUCCCGGUUUAUAUAAAUGAGCAUCUAACCCUGUACAACAAGAAUCUUUUAAAAAUGGCCAAAGAAAUAGCCAACUUGAAAGAGUAUCAGUAUAUAUGGACAAAAAACUGCAGGAUUCAUGUAAGAAAAGCGGUAACAAUUCCUGCUAUCUUCAUUUCGGACGAGGAAGACCUAAGAAAAAUCAUCUAG